AGGUCCCGGCUGUAGGGAGCGGCGACGCUGAGCCCCUCGGCUCCGAACCAUGAGCUGGCUUUGCCGCUGCUGGGGCUGAGGGCUCCAACCCCUGGAGAAGAAAAAUGCUCCAGACCAGCAACUACAGCCUGGUGCUGUUCCUGCAGUUCCUCCUGCUUUUCUACGACCUCUUCGUCAACUCCUUCUCGGAGCUGCUCCGCACGGCGCCCGCCGUCCAGCUCGUCCUCUUCAUCAUCCAGGACAUCGCUAUUCUCUUCAACGUCAUCAUCGUCUUCCUCAUGUUCUUCAACACCUUCGUUUUCCAGGCCGGAUUGGUCAACCUCCUCUUCCACAAGUUCAAGGGGACCAUCCUGCUCUCGGGGGCCUACCUGGCGCUCAGCAUCUCCUUCCACGUCUGGGUUAUGAACCUGCGGUGGCGGGAUUCCAGCCGUUUCAUCUGGACCGAAGGCCUGCAGACCCUUUUUGUUUUCCAGCGGCUGGCGGCCGUGCUCUACUGUUACUUCUACAAGAGGACGGCGGUGCACCUGGGCGAUCCCCUCUUCUACCAGGACUCCCUCUGGCUCCGCAAGGAAUUCGCGCAGUUCCGCGGCUGACGGCUCCCCUC